AUGUCGAUAGAGAAGCGCGAUCUCGAAUCGGGGCCUCCUACUCCCGAAGGCAUCGUUCAAUCCGACGUCGAAACAGGUCAAACCAUCGUUCUCUCGGCGGAUCGCGUACAUAAAUUGCAGGCACACUGGGCCAUCUUGCGGUACUUGAACGCUUUCGAAUCAUGGCUCGAUCGUAAACUAGGCGUCGAGACACAGGGCGUGGAUCGGAUUCCAGAGGAGGAGAAGCGUUCACCGUCGGUAUGGAACAUCUUUCUCAUGUGGUGGUCGCUCAACAUUCAUGUUGGUGUUUUGCCCUUGGGGUUGCUGGGACCAGAGUUUGGCCUCUCCCUGAAGCAGUCAAUUGCGGCCUCGAUUAUUGGCAUUAUACUGGGUGCGUUGAUGACGGCGACGACGGGCACACUAGGACCAAAGCUUGGCAUGAGGCAAAUCGCCACAUCACGAUACUCUUUUGGUUUCUGGGGCGCCAAACUGUGUAGCGUCCUCAACAUCGUCGUGGGUGGCGGCUUUGCGGUCGUCAAUUAUGUCGUUGUUGGCCAGAUACUCAGCGCUGUCUCAGGCUAUACCAUGAGUAUCACUGUUGGCAUCGUCAUUAUUGCCAUCAUAUCUUAUGUGGUAUCCAUCUUUGGCUUCAGACUGAUUCAUACUUUCGAAAAAUACUCGUGGAUCUACACGUUUAUCCUCAUCUGCGUUCUCAUUGGACAGGCGACACCUCAUGUGAAAACCGAUUUUCCGGGAGAGGAUGGCAACUCAGGCUUAGUAUACUCCGGAACAUUUCUCACCAUUGUCGCGAUCAACUUUUCCAAUGCAUCGGGCUGGUGUUCCAUCGCUGCGGAUUAUUAUUGCAACUUUCCCGCUAGUACUCCAGCUUGGAAGACUUUCUUCCUCACCUUCUGGGGCAUCGUUAUCCCCACCACCUUUUCCGUCACUAUCGGUUGCUGCCUUGGAAACGCCGCUGUUACGGUCGCCUACCCCCCAUACGCCGAUGCCUACACGAACCACGGCCUGGGAGGCCUCAUUAGCGAAAUCUACCACCCACAAGCUUGGUCCCGUUUCUGCCUCGUGCUGCUUACCUUUUCGGUCCUCGGCAACAACAUUGCCAUCAACUACUCGUCUGGCCUAAGUAUGCAGCUUCUAGGUGAUUACUUUCACGCCGUGCCUCGCUUCGUCUGGUCUCUGGCUUUUGCCAUUGUAGUGGCGGUGCUAGCAAUUGCGGGACAGCAGAAUCUAUCCAAUGUCGUCAACAAUUUCGUAUCACUGCUGGGGUAUUGGACUGUGAGUUUCACCAUGGUACUGCUACUUGAGGAUCGCGUCUUUCGCCGCAAGGAUGGCUAUGAUCUUGAGGCCUGGGACCAACCGCAUCUACUCCCUUGGGGAGUUGCGGCUAUAACAGCUUUACUGGCAGGGUACCUGGCAGGAGGCGUGCCAGGAAUGAGCCAGACGUGGUACGUGGGACCCAUUGCAGCCAAGUUUGGUGGCGACGGAGGUGAUGUGGGUAUAUAUAUGAGCGCAGCUAUUACGGUUCUCGUAUAUACCAUAGGUAGGUUUGUGGAGAAGAAAUACACGGGUCGGUAA